AUGAGCAACGAGCAAAGACUACCCUCGGAGGCAUACGGUGCGCCGGGUGGAGGUGAUUAUGGCAGAAAAAACAAAGGCUCUGUGCGAUCAGCGCGGGAAAGGCUGCAGGCUGCACAAAAGCAAGCACAGUUGCCAGACACGUCAAGAAUCGUAGGAUUGCCUCCAAGAUCGAAUCAGCCUGAUCCACAAUCUUAUGUUCAAAACACGUCGGAACAGCCCCCGCAAUCGUCUUUGUCAGGGUAUAGGGAAGAUGAAGACCUCUUCUCUCCACCACCACAAUGGCCUCUUCCGAACGAUGCCAACAUUUUGCUGGAAUCUAGUCCGGUCGUCCCGCCUCGCUCGCCAAAGAGAACGCAACAAUCACACCCGACCAUGUGGCCCGUGUUAGACGACUAUCCCAUCGAACAGCUCUCUCCGGGUUAUCCUCAACCGGCUUCCCCGGACUAUCUGCAACCACCUCCAAUGAACUACCGCGGUUCUUCCCAUAGUGACGGUGCGUUCUCACCAACGUAUUAUCGAUCAUCCCGCCCGCUCACGACGUCUUCCUUCGCUUCCGAGACAUCUUCUCUAGGCGAUAUACCCGACUUUCCCGUACCACUGCUACCGAUGCCCACCGCUCAGCCCAUGGCUCGACGCACUCCGACUCUGGGUCCGCCACCUUCUGCGCGACGAGGACCCUUGUCAUAUUACACUGAGAUGGCUUACGUAUCGCCGAUAGUGGAAGAGUCAGAAACGCGCUCCAACACCAUAAGGUCGCAUCGUGGCUCUCUGUCGCACCGCGGAUCGUUUGCAUCCAGUAACGUUUUUCCAUCGCACAAUGACGACUUCUACCCGGACGACUACCCGAUAUCAGAUUACGAUGAAGGGAUGUCAAGCGAUCCUGGUACAUUGUCGCCUAUGAGUGAACAUGGUGAUCGGCGUGAUCUUGUCAAGCAACAGCCUGUUCUCGUUCGUCAAGCAAGUUUGGGAAGAAGACGUAAACCGUCACUCCUAACAAUCAAGUCAUCUGACGGCCUUGGAGACAAGAACAAUAGUUCCGGAGCGCGCAGCCACGAACUUGUAGGAAAGGGUGCUGCCAUAGCAGGAUCUGGAAGCGCAAGCCUGCCUUUCAGAGAGCAAAUGCAGAGUCAAGGUUCACCUAGGCUAAUGAGCUCUUCGACAAAUUCAUCUAACUCCGCAAAUACCUUUAGAGCUAUGAAACUCAAGGAAUUCGGCCCCGAAGAACCUGAAUCACCAAUUUCUCCGUUCGAUACGACUUUGGCAGGCCGCAUCGGGAAACGACGACCACCGGCACUUGAUGUGGACGCUGUGCGAACGGCUGAAGCGCGCGGCAGCUUGACAAGUCUCCCUGAUCUGAUUAGGAGAGCAACAAGGCUGGCAGCCAACCUCGACCGUGGACGCACGGCUAGUCGGUUGGGCCUGGAAUUUUGGGAAGCUGGAGGGCCCGACAGGAAUGACGUCCGGCAAUCCGGAUUGUCCGAUAUGCUCGCCGCAUUUCCACCGCCCGGCCAGGUUACUCCUUUACGAUCAGGCACUCCUCUACGAUCCGGUACCCCAUUUGGUUUCGAUCGCCUGCGUAACGGCGCCGCGAAUAGCGGAUUGCGCAAUGAGAAAACCAACCAGCGCCGCAGAUGUUGCGGCAUGCCCAUGUGGGUGUUCGUUAUUCUGCUAGUUGUGCUUUUCCUGAUAAUAGCCGCUGCUGUCAUCGUACCAGUCAUCUUUUUCAUCGUGGUUCCAAACGCAAAAGCUGCAAACAACAACAACGGAAAUACUGGGACAGGCAGCAGUACGCCUGCCGUACCGGCGCCGACAGCCCCCGUGGGAUCUGAUCAAUGCAACGGUGUUAUUUCCUGUCAGAACGACGGUGUCGCGAUCUUCAACGCUGAUCGAACAUGUGACUGUGUAUGUAUUAAUGGCUUCACAGGAAGCACAUGUACGAACGAGGACGCCACCGGAUGCACAACGACCAGCAUCCAAGGCACCGCCAACAAUGCUACGUUGGGCUCCGCUAUUCCCCGUCUGCUCGAGAGUGCAGUCACCGAUUUCGGUGUGCCUCUCAACUCGACACGUAUUUUAUCACUCUUCUCCACCCUAAGCCUCAGCUGCGCAUCCGAAAACGCACUCAUCACGUUCAACGGCCUGGCCUCUCGCUCAGUAUCGGAAAACAAGCACCCCGUCAACCUGUAUAUGUCAGGACAACCAACGAGAUCGCUCGACCUACGCACUCAUCCGGACUUGUCUCGAACUCGACAGAUCGCAAAGCGACAGACUGCUCAGCCUAUCUCCAGCAAUGUAACCUCUCUCGACUACGCCCGCAUCGGCGUUCUUCUUGCGUUGCAAGAGUCGGGCGAGUUGAAUACCGCAGCUAGCGCGCAGGAGGCGAUCCAGGAAUUCCUCAGCGAUGACCGAAGCGGGAAUGCCGAAAACAGUACCGUCGAUGUUGGCCCUUUCAAGAUGGAUCUCGCAAACCUCACUAUCACGUUCACCAACGGAACCACAAUUAGCGCUACGCCAUCGUCGUCUUCAUCA